CGCCUGCGCAGUGACACAUCUCUACACACAUACAUGAGUGCUGCUGCUGUUCCACUGUGUGUGACUAGGCGGUGGUUGUAGAAGGAGGAAUCAUUAUGCGCUCAGUUUUCUAAGGAUUUGCACUUUGCGUCUCUUCAGGAACGUCGAGGCGUAUUUGUGACGCGGAGCCCCACGCGCUCUCCUUGAGCUGAAUAUGUCUGAGCAGCCUCGGCUCUCCUCUUCUUCCUCCUCUCGCAGCUUCUUAUUGUGCUAAUGGCGUUGGUUACAGUGCAGAGAUCCCCCAGCACCACCUCCUGCCCCUGCGUGUCGAAUCCCCAGUUGGAAGAAAGUGACACUGAAGUAUUCUGCUGUCAGUAUGAAGAUACAGAACUCUUUAAUGGUACCAAUGAGACUGACAGCGGAGAAGAAGAGUGUCGUUCCCAGCCCUGGAGCAUUAGUGAAAGUUUCCUGACAGUAAAAGGUGCUGCUCUCUUCCUCCCACGAGGGAAUGGCUCAUCCACGCCGAGAAUCAGCCACAGACGCAACAAACAUGCAGGGGACUUGCAGCAGCACCUACAGGCUAUGUUUACACUCCUCCGGCCUGAGGACAACAUCCGGUUGGCCGUAAAGUUGGAAAGUACGUAUCAGAACCGCACGCGAUAUAUGGUCGUCGUUUCGACCAAUGGAAGGCAAGACACGGAAGAGAGCAUUGUCCUGGGGAUUGAUUUUGCCAGCAAUGACAGCAGUAUGUGCUCCAUGGGCCUUGUGCUUCCUCUCUGGAGUGACACACUUAUACAUCUGGAUGGAGAUGGAGGGUUCAGCGUGUCCACGGAUAACAGAGUUCACAUCUUCAAGCCUGUGUCUGUACAAGCCAUGUGGUCUGCCUUGCAGAGUUUACACAAAGCUUGUGAGAUAGCCCGUGUCAAUAACUACUACGCUGGCAGUCUCUUUCUAACCUGGGUUAGUUACUAUGAGAGUCACAUCAACUCUGACCAGUGUUCAGUCAAUGAAUGGAAUGCUAUGCAAGAUGUGCAGUCGCACCGCUCUGAUUCCCCGGUGCUCUUCACUGAUGUCCCAACUGAGCGUGAGCGCACGGAGCGCUUGAUUAAAAGUAAGCUACGAGAAAUCAUGAUGCAAAAAGACCUGGAAAAUAUCACAUCCAAGGAGAUUCGGACGGAGCUGGAGAUGCAGAUGGUGUGUAACCUGAGGGAGUUUAAAGAGUUUAUCGACAACGAGAUGAUUGUCAUCCUGGGACAGAUGGACAGCCCAACUGAGAUUUUUGACCAUGUUUUUCUGGGCUCCGAGUGGAAUGCCUCCAAUUUAGAAGACUUGCAGAACAGAGGGGUGAGGUACAUCUUGAAUGUUACACGCGAAAUCGACAACUUCUUCCCUGGGCUCUUUGAAUAUCACAACAUAAGAGUAUAUGACGAGGAGGAAACCGACCUGUUGGCUUAUUGGAACGAUACCUACAAAUUCAUCUCAAAGGCCAAGAAGCAUGGUUUCAAAUGCCUUGUGCACUGCAAAAUGGGUGUGAGCCGCUCUGCAUCGACUGUGAUUGCCUAUGCCAUGAAGGAGUAUGGCUGGAACUUGGACCGAGCCUUUGAUUAUGUGAAGGAGAGACGCACUGUAACCAAACCAAACCCAAGUUUCAUGAAGCAACUGGAGGAAUAUCAAGGCAUUCUGCUUGCAAGCAAGCAGAGACACAACAAGCUGUGGCGCUCCUACUCGGACAGUGAUCUCUCUGACCACCACGAAUCUGCGGGGAAACCCGGUUUGGAAAUGAGUAAGAAGGACAUAACGUCUUCAGCAGAGCAGCUCUCAGACGCACAUCAUUCCUUUUCAUCGGGUCCGCACACUGAGAACUGCAACCCACAUUGCCCCAUGGAUAGCACCGUGUGCAAUAAAACUCAAGCACAUUUUGAGUUUACAUCUUGCGAUUUUCACACUGAACAGAUAGAGGACAUUUUGAAUCUAAACACCAUGAAUGGGUGUCCCUCGCGCUGCUGUUCAGAUGAGACAAUACUGGACAAUUGUAGAAUAGUCGAUAAGGAUUUAACUCAGAAUCCAGAAUCCUUUGCUGCUCAAGGUCAGUUGCCAGACCUGACACUAGAGGACAUGGAGAAAGAUGCACUAAAGCCUGAAGUCAACUGCCACCAUUUGCAUUUAGAAGGACUCAAUUCAGACUUCAGAGAUUUACAAGAGUCCCCUGACCAAUUGUCCAUGACCUCACAAUCAGAGGAACAUAACAGGGAUAGGAUUGAUUUUCUUAGUGCACUAGAAAAGUUUGUGGAAUUAUCUCAGGAGAAUCGCCCACGGUCCUGUUCCACCACCCGCACAGAUGAACAAGUGAGCUCUGUCAAGAAUAGUGGCCAGAAAGCUUCCUGGCUUGAGACCCCAAUCUACGAUAGCCAAGUGGACAACCAGAGAAUAAGCUCUAAUGGAAGCACACCACAGACUUCCGAAGACUCCUCUACAGACGAGGAACAGCCAAAGGAGAUCUCCGAACAGAUGGUCCAAGAGCAUCUCCCAAAAUCUCACUCUGAAAACGCAAUAUCUGUGAAGGAAAUCAUUACAGAAAUAGAGUCUUUCAACCAAGGAGCAGGCCAGUGCCAACAGAAACCAGACACUCAGUCUAGCCAGUUGCAAACACCAAAGAGAAAUACCAUCAAUGAUCUGCCACAAGAAUCUUCUUGGGAUCAAGAAAAUAACCAUAGGCAAGACCUGACUGACAGAAGCGCUCUGCUGAAAAAUGAUAAAGCGAAGGACUCCAAAGUUGCUACUCGGGAUAGUAAUCCAGUGUCUCAGGAGAAUUGUGAGAAUGCUAACGAAGCAAAUGAUUAUCAGGAAUUCUCCAGCCAAGCACAUAAAUGGUGCCCUGGUUCUGUCCGAAGGGCCACUUUGGAACUGGAAGAACGUUUGAGGCAAGAGCAGGAACAGCAGUACUCAGCCGUUUUGCCAACAAGAAAGAACUCAAAGAAUGACUUUAUUGUCUGCGAUACUGCUCCAAAGGGAAAGCUUGAAGACACUUUACUUGACAGUACACAUGGGGAUCACGAAAGCGAGAGAAAAAUUAGGAUUACAGGGUCCACAGAACAGAACUCAUCUGAGCCAUGUGCAGAUUUAUUGUCCUCUCCGCUAUCUGAGCCUCCAUGUUUGCUGUCCAAACCAGAGAGCCCUGUCUCUGAUGAUGAAAUAAAGCUCAAAGGAGCAACAAAUGAGUGUGAGACACUUGAUGCACUUGAAGCUGUUGAGAGGAAGAUUGAACCAAUAAAACAUCCUAAGAGAAUAGAAAUAAUAGAGUAUAGUAUUGGCAUUAAGUCUCCAGACGACCAUGAACUUUCUCGGUGUGAGGGUGAGGUCACUACUGGAGAGGUACUAAUAGAGACAAAGACAUCUAUGAUUCUGUCCCCGGAAACACCCUUUAAAGAGACCGCUGAAAAUGAAACAGACAAUUCUCUGCAUGCGGAUUCUUUAGCUUUGUCAGAGACAUGCAUACUAGGGUCACCCACUGUUUUCUCUACACUUGCCAGUCAAUAUGAAGAGCACAACAGUAUGACGUAUCCAGGACCCUCAGCAGGCACAGAUCCCUCUAUACAGCCAGAUCUACUGAGCACUCUCUAUCCAUCUAAUCUAGGCUCUAUUUCACUGAUGGGUGUCACUGAACAGUGCUCCAGUACCGAUGAGGAUUUCAGCAAGCAGUUCAGUUGCACAGAGCGUUAUCCUACGGAUUUGUUUGAGGACUUUAAUGAAAUGAUUCGCAGAGAAACUGACAGUGCCUUGUCCCAGUGUAGCAGUGAAGAUCUUAACUUGAUUAGCGCAGUCUCUGCAAAUAUACUGGAGAUACGAGAAGCGUUGGACAUUCCUCCUUUAUCCUUUGGCUUUGCUCGUUGCACCAGUACUGACAGCAUUAAAUAUUUGGGUGGCAACCCUUGCAUUGUAAAGCAAGAGGCCAAGGAAAUAGAGGCUCGAAUUCGGCAAGCGGGCCUUACCACUCCGUCCCAGAUGAAACGCUCGGCCUCUUUAGCCAAGCUUGGCUGUUUAGAACUGUCCAAAGAUGACUUGUCAGAGAGGGAAUCCGUUUCAUCCGACUGUCGGACUUACCCCGACCUGCUUCUGAGUUCACUUAGGGUUGUGCCAGGGAACCAUGACAUCUCACAAGAUGUAAAAUCUGAAGACCCAACGGAAAAGCUGUGCAUCCUAUCCACGCAGUUGUCUUCAGACCCGGAACCCACCAAGCGUUUUGUUGAACAGAUCAAGACUGAAGAGUGUGUAGUUCAGAGCAAGCCAGUAGAAAAGCCCCUUGUGCAGUUUGCCAAAGACGUUGAUGCCCCGCAACAGGGUUUAGCUCCUAGUCCAGAAUCUGAACUGACUGUCCCAGAGGGGUCUCGAACGCAAUCACUGGUACUAUAUCCAUCAGUCCCAUUGGUACCCAUAUCCCCCAAACAUGAGCACGGCAGAACUCAUCCGCUAAGGAGACUUAGAAAAACCAAUGAAAAGAAGAGGACAACUAAUCCGCUAUACAAUACCAUGUGAUCUUAGGAGUUUUAUUGUAUGUUUGUUGUUCUUCUAAAGGGGCUGGUGUAAUAUGUGAGGAACGUGCACUUUAUUGGUUACUUUUAUAUAUUUUGGCAUAUAUUACUGUUUCUGAUGCAUGUAAGGUAUGGGCUCCCCUAUCUCAUCCUUCACUUUGUAAGUAACUCCUGGCUGCGCUUCUACAGGCCAGUGUACAUAGAUAUAUAAAUAUAUUUUUUGUUUUUAACUAUGGAAAACCUCAAACCUUUUUUGUUUUAAGAAAACGGCUUCAUAGCUAGUCCUGCUAGAACCGUGGCCAUCUUUUUAAUGUUCUUGGGAGCCUGGAAUCCUUUCCGAUACAGAACAUCUCAGGCUUCGCUUCAACAGGAAACCGAUUCGUUGAUUUAAAAGGCAGGUUUUAUUUUAUUUCUAAGCAACUGUGAAAGUUUAGGAGAUCCAAAGCAGAACUUGUCACAUCUGUGGCCCUCUCUGUUUCUAAUCCAAACAGGACUUGCUGGACAUUAUUAGGUUAGUGCUGCUGCAGUUCUAUGUAAUAAUAAUCCCCGCACAGUUCUAUUCACUUAUUAUAUUUAUUGGCUACACUGAGUCAUGGAGCAUUCUGUACCUAAUGCCUUUUUUUUGGACAACACGUUUUUUUCAGGGCAUUAUCAGUUGCCAGACUGAAAUAAGGAAUUCGAUAUUUCAUUCCGCCCAGUUGGGGAUUUUUCUUUUCUUGUUCAACCGUUGCAAAAUGAACUCGAGAUGGGAGGCUGCUUCCUUGACUUUUGAUUGGAACGGCCUUUAACCAAUAAAGUGAGUGGGCAGGUUCCUUUGUUCACUCAAGGAGAUCAGGGUGUUGGUAUUCAGUCUAUGCCAUUGCUUUACUCAACCCCACCUAAACUGAUCAACAUAAUGCUGGGCCAGCCCACUUUUUUCAUUUUAGUUUAGACCGUUGUCAUCCCAAUCACCGCUUAACGAAUGAAUGGAAACGCAUUCUACAACUGCUUACCCCGUAAAUCAGGGAUCCCCAACCUUUAGAACCUCUAAGCAACAUUCAGAAGUAAAAGGAGUUGGGGAGCAACAUUAGCAUGAAAAAUGUUCCUGGGGUACCAAAUAAGGGCUGUGAUUGGCCAUUUAGUAGCCCCUAUGUGGAUUGUCAGCCUACAUUGAGGCUCUGUAAAGGUGACCAUAUACAUAGAGAUCUGCUCGUUUGGUGAUUUAGACAAAUGAACGGAUCUCUCCCCAAUAUGCCCACCUUAAGGUGGACGAUAUUAGGCUGAGGCGAUUGUGGACCCUAGGGCCCAAUGAUCUGAUCAUAAUGUUGCCUAUAGGGGCGUUGGAUCACGGGACCACAUCAACGAACAGAUGUAGCCCAUGAUUCAAUGGGAUUUUUUAGCCCUGUCCAAUCGACAUCUGUCUGACUUUCGACCAGAUAUCGAUCGGGGAAGCCCGUCGGAGGUCCCAAAACACGAGCCAAUAAGCUGCCAACUGGGUUUGUCAGCAGCUUUUAUUGGCCCACUCAUGGCCACCUUUAGGUUAUCUACUAAUGGCUUCGACAUAGUGGCCACCACAAGAAAUUAAAAACGU